AUGAAUUCAAAGGGGAUUGCUGGAGUCGACUGGACUGGAUUCAAAAGGGGAUCGCUGCUUGCUGGAGUCUGGUCUGAAAAUCGCUGGUCGUUGGUGUCUGGUCUGGAAAUCAAAAGGUCGCUGGUUGCUGCUGCUCGCUGGUGUAGGCUGGAGUUGGACUGUGCUCAGUCGUCGUUGGUGGUGGAGGCUGAGCUCAGUUGGUAG